UCUCGUUCUUUGCUUAACAAAAAAAAAAAAAGUAUUUUUGUUUUGUCUAAAUGGCGCCGACAGUAAAAACGGCGGCCGUUAAAACCAACGUCGGCGAAAAGAAAGAGCACCAUUACAGAGGAGUGAGAAAGAGGCCAUGGGGUCGUUACGCCGCCGAGAUCAGAGAUCCGGUGAAGAAGGCUCGAGUCUGGCUCGGCUCUUUUGACACUGCCAAAGAAGCGGCUCGUGCCUACGACAAAGCCAAUCUCAAUUUUCGCGGCGCAAAAGCCAAAACCAAUUUUCCUUAUCCUAACUUCGUCCACGACGAGAGUCCGAGCCAAAGCAGGACCGUCGUAUCAUCGAAGACGAUUAGCGAUCUCAAUCUUGAAACCAGGUUCCCUUUCCCGAAGAUUCAGGUCAAGUCCGGGAUGUUCUUUAUCGAGUCGUCAAGGAGCGAAUCGGAAGGAUCGUCUGUGGUGAUGGAUCGUAGUCCAGAGAGACCAUCACGCCUCCCCUUGGAUUUCGAUCUCAAUUUCCCUCCAAAGCCUGAGACCUAAUUCUUAUUAAUGGGAUAUGAUUAUGAACAUGGGAUUUUAUAACUUUUAGAUGAAUUAAAUGUUCUGAAAUCUAAAUCUAAAGAUUGAAGCUUGUCGUAUCUUAUUCAUAAAUGUUAGUGCCAAAAAUCUUCUUUUUUUUUCCAGCAGAGGGUUAAAAAAGUAGUAUUUGUGUUCUCAUCUGCUGUUGUUUA